CAGACAAGGUACCGCAGACAGUCAGGCCGGACAAGAACAGGGCCCCGACAAAACACAAAGAGGAGGAAGAGCAGCGCGCACGGCCAACGAAACCAAUCCUGCCCCCCUGAUGCACUCCCCUACUCCGAGUCCGGCCAUCCGCACCGCCCACUCGUCCUGCAAACACAUCCCGGCAGAAUAACCCUUUGUUAUGAGAGUUAAAUGCAAUUUGCGACGGGCAUGAAUAAUUGAAGGAGAGAGAAAAAAAAAUGCAGCUGUCCGACUGCGCAUCCCCGGGAGUGAACAGGGAAACGCUGCGCCAGUGUCCCGGCUGAAAGACGGAGCCGAUCCAACCUGAGCCCCGGAGCUUUCUUUCCGCCCUCCCUCCCUUCACCACUCCUCUCAUUCCACAACAUCGGUGCCAAAAGAGGGGGUUAUAUAAAAAAAAAAAUCAUCGUUUCCAACGUGAUCACAACUUCCAGUGAAGUAAAUUUCCUUUCCAAUCACCACGGAUUCUCUGGUGUGCUUCCCAUCUUCUCCUCAAAAGUCACGUCUGCCCCUUGCUCUCUGUGCAUUUUUAAGGACUCUCAGACUCCCCGCUACCCACUGGGGCUCCAUUAACAACCUCUUUGCCAACACAGCCCCUCAAAGAUUCACUGACCACUCUGUCUUCUGACUUUCUUUAAACAUUCCUUUUUUUUUUUUUAGCAAAUACCUGCCCUUUGACUCUCUGUCUGAAUCCUGACUCACUAGUGCUAUUUGGCCCCUGUUGCUAGAGUGCACACAUGGCCUCUCCCAAGUUGGGCUUAUCAGCCACAACCACCACCUCUUCUUCCUCCUCAUCAUCCUCUGCCUCAUUAGGCCCUCCACCACACCCUGGAAGCCCCAGUCGGGUACCCGAGGGUCCUCCAAGCCCUGUUACUCCCACCCCAAGCCCAGGAUUAACAUCUGCGUCAGCCACACCAAUAAGGACCCAGCUAAGCAUCGCUCUGAUCCUCGAAGAGCUCCGGGUGCUGCAGCAACGACAGAUCCACCAGAUGCAGAUCACAGAGGAGAUCUGUAGACAGGUGUUACGCCUUGGUGGCGACUCCUACAGCAUAGAUACGCCAUCCCAGCAUAGCCUCCCUCCCUUGCCUCAGCUCUGCCUGGAAGGCAACAAAAAUGCGUCAGGUUCCUUAACACAGCCUGCUGCACCCCAAGCCACUACUUCUUUGGCUCCUCUCUUGUCAUGUUUGUCCUCCCUGCACCCCUCUCAAACAUCCAGCAAAACCACACAGCCAAGCACAUCCUUGUCUCAAAUCUUGCAACCUCAUAAAUCACAAAUUGAAGGAACAAGAAGGACUGGUCAUUCGUGGGAGACCUCUCAAUGUUCUUCUUCAUUUACAACUUCCUCUGCUGGUGCCUCUGUGCCCCCUUCCACCUAUGCUUUAGCUCUAUCCUUGGCUCUACCCAAUCGCUAUCUUCAUGAGCAAUCUCCCAAUACUACAUCAGUGGGUGGGCAGAGUGAUUUGUCCUUUUUUAACUCAUCCCUCACCACACCUCAGACUAACCCAAAUUCACAGUUGCAAUCUGCGUCCGCUGGCAGCGACUCGUCUACAUCAAGUUCCAACACUGCUGGCCGUCUUCAACAUGUUUGUUGUUUUUGUGGAAAAGUAUUCAGCAGUGAUUCUGCUCUGCAGAUACAUCUCCGCUCACACACCGGAGAACGGCCCUACCAGUGUCCCGUGUGUCUCAGUCGUUUCACAACACGAGGCAACCUGAAGGUGCACUUCCUUCGGCACCGCGAACAAAAUCCAGAGCUUUCCCUUUCACUUCUGCCACCAUCUUUAUUUGGGUUAGCUUUAGGGGCCAGUGGGGGAUCAGAUAUUGGACAGAUCAGUGACAGUUCUGGAAGCACCAGUGGAUUGAAUAUAACACAAAAAAAGAGAAAAAGUAGGGUGGAUGAAGAAACAGGUGGAGAAAACUUGGCAAUCACUGGAAAUAGUAGUGGACUUUCAAUGGCGACCUCUGGUGAAUCUGCUCCAUCCACUUUGCCCCUACCCCCUAGUGUAGAUCUAGCUUUGAUUUCACACUCUCUCCUGCAGCUUAAUCGGACUGCUGCUGUUGCUAGUGCUUCCUCUAUCCCAUCCUCUUCCUCCUCCUCCACCUCUCCUUUGGCGACCUCCCUUCUCUCAAACCCUGCUCUUACUUCAUCAUCUACCAUUGCUGGGUUAUUCAAAGGUGUCAAACAGCAGCGCUUUGAUGAAAACACCCCACCUUAUACACCUCUACUGUCUCCUGCUGCUUAUUCCCAGCUAGCUCACCUACCAAAGCUCCUUUUCUCACCUGUUUCUACUUCUUCAUCUAUCCAGGCUGCUCACUCACCUCUGUACAGCCAUCCAUCAUUGAGCUUGCUACGCACCCAGCUACCUUCUAUUGGAGGAUCCCAACCGCAUGCCUCUUCCAGCCAUUCGCAGAUUUCACUCCCCAUGUCUUCCCUUCCUAAAAAUCCCAGUUCACCCACUACUAUUCAAUCCUUUCUGCCUACGUCAAUAGCAUCGGCUACUCCCACAUCUGAAACCUCUAAGCUGCAGAGACUGGUUGAGAAGCUAGAGAAGGCCCCUUCACUUUCCUGCACUCCAUGGUUUUCUUCCUCUACUCCGACAUCCAUGUUGGAGAUUUUAUCUAGCACUACCACUUCCUCUGCAGGGAGUUCAUCAAACACCCGUUUCACAAAUGCUGGCAACUCCACCACCAAUGUGGUUGCAUCUCCGUCGUCAAACAUCACCACAUCAGUUUCUCAGUUUACCCGUGAGAUGGUUCUUGCUCUCAGGAUGAGUGGCAAUGAAGCAAAUACCACAGCAGGUGGUUUGAUACCGUCACUAAAUGCCACUGGUUCAACACAUAAUCUGACAACCAAUCAGUGUGGGGUGUGCCUACGGGUGUUGAGUUGUCCUAGAGCGCUGCGGCUGCACCAGGCCACACACCUUGGAGAACGUCCAUUUCCAUGUAAGAUAUGUGGACGCUCCUUCUCCACCAAAGGCAGCCUGCGAUCGCAUCUUGCCACUCAUCAUGCCCGGCCACCUAAUGUCCAAAACUCGUGCCCAUUGUGUCAGCGUAAGUUUACCAAUGCUCUUGUUCUUCAACACCACAUACGCAUGCACCUUGGUGGACAGUUGCCCCCAGAUGGCACAGAGGAUUCUGAACAGAAGAUCCCACCUGAAUCUAAUCCCAGAUCCUUGGCACAAGCUCUUUCCCAGUCCACUGAUCAAACGCCCCCCUCAAGUAAAUCACCUCCUCACACCAGCCCCGCAAAGAGCCCAGAAGCAAACCUACAGUUGCAAACUCAAGUUUUUGGCCCAGUCCCUGUCUCUUGCAGCAGGAAAUCAGCUGAGAAAGAUCUCCACAAGUCCCCACCCUCCAGCCCAAAUCAAAUCCCCCUGGCUGACCUCAGCCCUGACCCUACCAUGAACUCUAACACACAAAGCUCGCCACACAGCUCUGAAGAUCCUCCUGUCCUCUGUGUCAGUGCACCACUAAAGGUCUCCCAAAAGACAGAUCCCACUCUGCCUCCUGAUGAAGAAAACAAAGACCAGCAACAGGAAUCUAUUGAUAUGUUCUUUCCUACAUCAAAUCCUUCACCACAUCUCUCUAGUGAUAACAAAACUACAGAGUCUCCUCCAAUGCUGAUGGACCCCACAAAGACUAAAGAAUCACCUAACCUGGAUGUUUUCCAUGAUUCCACACCAAACCUGGAGGACUUUCAAAGCACACCUGCCACUGAUGCUCCUUUUGAUUACACUAGUUCCAGUGCAACUUCUAACCUUAUCCCAACUGAAGAUGUUUGCAAUGCUGAUACAAAGGCAGCUUUGGGAUCACACACAGACACCACCAGGCCACAAUCACCAGAACCCAUGGAGGAAGACAGAGACCAGCCGCCUUCAAAUGCGCCACCAAAACAAGAGCAAGCAACUGUACCUGACAAUGACCCCAAAGUGACACCUUCUGUGGAGAACACAGACCCCGUGUUUGCUGAAGCAAGGGGGGGAAUGCACAAACAAACCACAUCUGUCAGAGAGACAGGCCAAAGCUUUCAUUUUGGUUCAUAUGGGAAGGAGGACCAGGUGGAUGCCACUAAAAUGAGCGGACUGGGUUCAAAUGAAGCUCCUGAUGCUUCAUUGCCCAUCAGCCUUGCUCCAACCCUCCCAUCUCCGAUGUCCCGUCCUGAGAAGAAAACCUACUGCUGUGCUGAAUGUGGAAAGGAGUAUGCUAGCCGCAGUGGAUUAAAGGGACAUAUGAAGCACCAUGGGGGUGUAACCAAACCAUCUCGUCCACCAGCCAGGGGGAGUCGUUCCUCCUCUGACCAGAUCCCUUCCUCCGCAUCUUCUGUGUCCUUAAACAUGCCCGCCACUAGGAGCUCCGGAGGCUUCUGGAACCAGUAUCAAGCCUUCCUCAACACCAGUACUCAGUCAGCUGAUGACCCGCAGACUGUGGGUCAAAGUGAAAAUAAAUCAGCACAGCACUCUGUUCAGUCACAGAAGAAUGCUGAGGAAGCUGGGGAAGAACCAGGAAAAGAUUCAUAACUUAAUUCAGACCGUUUGGCUAGAAAAGGCUUUGGUAUUUCCUUUUUUGUCUGUCUUUUAGCACAACUCUAUGGACAUUCACAAAGUAUUGCUCCAAUAACACGUUUCAGGCAGCCUGUUAGUUUGAUAAUCAGAGUAAUAUGUUUAUAUGUGAACCCUGUGCACCAACCAUCUUGGGUGUCUUGUGUUAUAAAAGAGGUAGUAGUCCAGUUAUUGCUGGAUUUGUCGACGACAACAAGAAAAUUGUCUCAAAGACUUGAAUUAUGUGAUUAAUAAUGCUCAUAUGAACAUACAAGCAGACCCUGUACUUUCAGAUUCUUAAUGAGUCACUGAAAAAAAACACAGAAAAGAGCAAGCGUGUAAGUUUUUAUGUUAUUUUUGAAACAAUUAGUGACUGUUGUGCCAUGUAUUAAAAUCUCACCCGUACGGCACCAAAAAGGGGUCAGUAUAACCAAAUUGAAUUGUUUAGGUGCUGGUCAUUUCGCUUCUUCACCAUUGUACUAACCUUUUUUUUUUUUUUUUUGUGGUUGCCAGAAGGAGUUGUGGGCGACGGGUCAUUUUUUACCCAUAAAACAUCAGUUUGUGCCCACAAACUGAUGUGGGCUUGUCUUAUCUGUGUUGAAAACUGAUGUUUUAAAGUGAUUUUCUGCAAUUUAUUCAUACUCCGCUAUUAGGAAAUGUGUUCAGUAAAUUUUAUUGGACUGUUUCAGGAUUUCAGGAGUCACGACCUAUCGCGUUCUAGGAACCAAAAGGUCCAAACAGGAACACAGACGCAGUAAAAGAAACCGCUGUGUAAUAUGAAAUCUUUGGAAAACUACAUGCAGAGAUUUAUCUGUGUUGUUCAUUGAAAGUACAUAACUACCAACGGAAAUAAACAAGUUCAAGUUAUUCGGUUCAAAUUAUUUUGUUGGAAUUAGGUUGAAAAAAAAGUUCAUACUGGUACAAAAGGGGUAUAUGAAUUAGUGUAGGGGAACUGACCCGGUUUUCAAAUAAGAAAACUGAAGAAUUGCUUUGUAAGAGAAAAUAAAGGUGAUAUAAUGUGGACUGAGGGGAUAAAAGGUCUUUUGUUGCUAUUUUCUGCUAUCUUUUUGUUGGAGGGGACUUAUUCAUGUCUUUUAGUUGAUUUUCUACUGUAUUGUCCUAUUAAAACAAAAGCACAUGUGCUGUUUUUGUGAGCCCAGAGAGGGCGUGGUCUGUCCUGUGAUGUUAGCCCUUCAGCUUGGGGAAUGUGAUUGUCACUGUUGCUGUAUGAACCAUGAGUGAAAUCUGUAACACGUUUAAGCUACUAAACUUAUUAAACCUACAUGUUUAUAGCGAUAUAUAUUAAAGUAUAUGCCCGUUUGUUGUAAGAUGUACUUUAUGUGUCCCCAAAUUAAAAAUAUUCUCUUGGGGGAAAAAAUGUGCACUAACUUGAUUAGUGGUUUCUGACACUACAGUUUUUGUUGUAAUGGGGUACUUGACGUAUUUUCUUUCCUUGCACACAGACAUAAAGUAUCAGAAAUAUUA